AUGGAAGGGAAGAUACUAAACGGCCGGAAAUUGACGGUUUCGAUCGCCGCCGAUAACAGACGUGCGUCGGAGUUCAUAAAGAAGAGAGUUUACAAGGAUAAAUCGAGGUGUUACGAGUGUGGAGACGAAGAGCAAGCAAAAUUAAUGAUGUCACUUUUAAGACCUGGAUAUGAGCUUGAUAAGCUGCUGAUACUAGGGAAUGCAUCAAUGAACAUCAUCAUCUCCUCUCCCGUCAAAAUUUUCGCUCGUUAA